ACAAUAGUGUUAUCGGCGUUAUCGGCAGAAGCUAACCUGGUUAACCAGCGGGCCAAAUUCGCAGCGGGACAGACGGCGAGCAGACGGACGAGUAGCGCCAACGCGACCGCCACCAGUUGCUCCAAUCCAAUCCCAACCGAGCAGUGCCAGCUGUGCUCCACCUCUACAUCUCCUCCCCGCAGCUCCACGUGUCUCAGGUGAAAGCGAAAUAUCCAACAUGCAGUCGCAGGGAUUGCUCCUGGUGCUCCUGGUCCUACUGCCCUCGAUGGCCCUCGGUCUGCUGGAGGGCCUGUACUGUGGCAAGGAAAACUGCUAUGACGUGCUGGGAGUCACCAGGGAGUCGUCCAAGUCAGAGAUCGGCAAAGCCUACCGUCAACUGGCCCGACGCUAUCAUCCGGAUCUGCAUCGCGGUGCGGAAGCGAAGGCGACAGCAGAGACGCAGUUCAAACUAGUGGCCACCGCUUACGAAAUCCUGCGGGACGAGGAGUCGCGCACGGAUUACGACUACAUGCUGGACAACCCGGAUGCAUACUAUGCGCAUUACUAUCGCUACUACCGGCGACGCGUGGCGCCCAAGGUGGAUGUGCGUGUGGUGAUCGUGGUGGUGCUGACUAUUGUGUCCGUCAUUCAAUACUAUUCCGGCUGGCAGCGUUAUGAUUCGGCCAUCAAGUACUUUGCCACGGUGCCCAAAUAUAGAAAUCAGGCGCUAGACAUUGCCCGCGACGAGAUUCAGGAGAGGAUACAGAAGAAGGGCAAGAACCGGAUGUCAAAGAACGAUCAGCGAGAGGAGCUCGAGCGGAUCAUUCGGCGGGUGAUCGAGGAGAAGAUGGACGUGAAGGGCGGCUAUGCGAAGCCCACGUUGUGGGAUGUGCUGUGGGUGCAGCUGAUCAUCUGCCCGUACACGAUACUGGCGUUUAUCGUCUGGCAUGCCCAGUGGUUCUGGCGCUACACGGUGAUGAAGCAGCCGUACGGGCGGGAGCAAAAGCUUUACAUCAUUAGGAGAAACCUGGGCAUGGGCCAGCAUCAGUUCGAGGCGCAGGAUGACAAGCUCAUCGAGGAAUACCUGCAUCUGGAGCUGUGGAAGCGCGACAAUUUCGAUGCCUGGAAGGCGGAACAGGACGAGGAGAUGAAGAAGAAGCUCGCGGAAAAUCCGCGCUACAAGGCCUACAGGCGUUAUAUGAAGAACCACGGACCUGGUCGCAUCACCUUCGAGGACUAGCCGCCGCCGUUGCGAUGUUCAAGUUUUAUUGUUCCAUCUGAAGUCUGUUGUGUGUUUGUGUAAAACCGAUCCUUAUCCCUCGCCCUACCGUCUAAAUUUUGAUAUUUAUAUAUAUAUAUAGAUAUUUUUUGUACACCGACUAAACUAUGAAUUAUGUUAAUGCCCCGGUGUCCGCCGAAGGGCGAAGCGUUGACCCCGCCGGAGUGAUCCGCCAAAACCGGUUCGAGAGAACCUCGCCACAGUCGCCACUGGCCAGAGUGGUCGAACCACCCUAGAACAAUUAUCCCCCCAAACAUGGUCACAAAAGUCCACGUUGUGAGUCUAACUAACUUGACUAACCCGCGAUUAAUGUAAUAAACUAGAUAGAAUUUAA